GCGUGUGAACCUCACGACGACUUUUCCACGCUUCGCAUCAAUUAAAAGUCCAUUUAAAUUUCACAGUUUUAUGGUUUUCAGUGUGUGCCGGUUAACGUUAGAAAUGCCCCCCACGGACCGCCGCCUCCUAGGCGCCUUCGUACGUCUGACUCUGAUUUUGGGCUCAUUUUUAGUUCCUGGAUGUUUCGGGAUCAGAUGCUACGUGUGCGACGAGGAGGGGGAGACGGAGGCCUGCUCAGCAUUCAGGAUCGGUGAUCCCAAGUUCGUUAGGGAGUGCGGGGAUGGAUUUAGGAGCUGUCGGUUAAGUCAGAAGGCGGACGAUGCCACUGUCCUGAGCAGAUCCUGCGAGACGAUCCGGUUACACGACUGCAAAAUGGCGAAUUCCGUGGAGUUCUGCUACUGCACCACCGAUCUGUGCAACAGUUUCAACUUGGACAUUCGACCAGAAGAUGAUGAGAUUGAUCCUGUCGGUGAGACUUUAGAAGGGAGUGGUAAAGAACCAGAAGAGUCUACCACAACAACCAAACCUGAAGAUAAUACAGACAUUGCAAUAGUAGAUGAGGAAAAUGCUGUAGUGGGGUCCAGGAGUUCAAGAGUUCUGGUGUCAUGGCCCAUUUUGGCUCUAAUGCUUCAGUAUGUUUAUAUCCAGUAAAUGUCUCACAAUAGGACUUAAGCCAAAGAUCAUUUUAACAGUCAUUCCAUGAUGUACAAUUAAGUUUGCUUCAAGAAACCUCGUCCUGAUAAAGAAGACUGACCGCUGUGCCUAAUUCAAGCAUUGCAACAUCGGAAUAACCGAUCACAGGGAAGAAACGUUCUUUUCCUUCCAGUGCAACCUGUUUUUAUUCAUUAAGGUAGAAUCAAUUAUGAAUUAAUGUACUUUAUAAUGGCAGCUAACUUUGUUGUAUUGUAUUGAUUGAAGUAUUAUUGAAAAUGAACAAAUUUAUGGUGAACGCACCAGGAAAUACUAUUUUUAUAAUAUUGCUCGCUUUAUUGUAUGUAGCGCCAGAUGUGACGUAUGUCCUAAGAAUUAGUACCUAAGAAAUACAAUAUUUGUGGCAUAAGUUGGGUAUUUAAGGUUUUAGUGGUAAAAAACUAUACAUUUUUGGUUUUCUCAAAAAUGCGUCGUAUCUCAGAAAAUUUCGUACUUGCAUAAAAGAUUCUAAAUAAUUUUCUUAAGAUUUCAGUCUUCGAUUCAUGUUUCUACCAGCAAAAGCAAAGAAGUUAUUACAAAUUGUGAAAAUCACCCAAAACGUAAUUAAAUGUCGAAAAACAUAAAUUUUGAGUUUU